AUGAUCAGUACAAAGAAGCUAAUUAAAAUGGCGAGGAAGUGGCAAAAACUAGCAGCUGCGAGCAGGAGAAGAAUUUCCUGGUCAAGAAAAGUCGCAGAAAAGGGUCACUUUGUCGUCUACACAAGUGAUAGCAGACGAUUUAUGAUUCCUUUGACGUAUCUUAAAAGUGAGAUUUUCAUGGAGCUUUUUAGAAUGUCAAAGGAAGAGUUUGGAGUAGCAGCUUCAGGGCACAUUAUGUUGCCCUGUGAUUCAAGUUUCUUGGAGUAUGCAAUAUCUAUGAUCCAGAGACAUGUAGCUAAGGAUUUGGAAAUGGCACUGAUUAUGUCCUUGAACACCUGCAGAUAUUCCGUAUUGUUAAAUGACCUUCAAGAACAAUAUAACCAACAAAUGUUGAUUUGUAGUUUUUAAUACUAACAUUACUUAGUCUUAUGUACAUUAUAGAUAGUUCAUAGUUGUACAAUUUGAUAAGAGAAAUUGAAUAGAAGUCCCAGAAGAAUGUUAAAUAUAACAGUCUGCUUGUGUUAGUUCUUUGUAAUACA